AUGGAGCCCAACGCGCCGAAGCGGAGGGAGCCGCGCGGGGCCCUGCGCAUCAAAGUCAUCUCCAUGGGCAACGCCGAAGUGGGCAAGAGCUGCAUCAUAAAGCGGUACUGCGAGAAGAGGUUCGUCCCCAAAUACCUGGCCACCAUCGGGAUCGACUACGGCGUCACCAAGGUGCAAGUCCGAGACAGGGAGAUCAAAGUGAACAUCUUCGACAUGGCCGGCCACCCCUUCUUCUAUGAGGUCCGCAACGAGUUUUACAAGGACACGCAGGGGGCCGUGCUGGUCUAUGACGUGGGGCAGAAGGAGUCCUUUGAUGCCCUGGAGUCCUGGCUGACCGAGAUGAGGCAAGAACUGGGGCCCCACGGAAACAUGGACAACAUCAUCUUCACGGUCUGCGCCAACAAGAUCGACGUCUCCAAGCAUCGCUGCGUGGAUGAGAACGAGGGGCGACUCUGGGCCGAGAGCCGGGGCUUCCUGUACUUCGAAACGUCCGCCCAGACCGGGGAGGGGGUCGGUGAGAUGUUCCAGACGUUUUUCAGUGCCAUCGUGGACCUGUGUGACCAUGGCGGGAAGCGGCCGCCGGCGAGCCUCAGCGUGGGCUUCAGCAAGGAGCAGGCGGACACCAUCCGUAGGAUCCGCGGCAGCAAGGACAGCUGGGACAUGCUCGGGGUCAAGCCGGGGGCCAGCAGGGACGAAGUGAACAGGGCCUACCGGAAGCUGGCCGUGCUGCUGCACCCGGACAAGUGUGUGGCUCCCGGCAGCGAGGACGCCUUCAAAGCCGUGGUGAAUGCCCGGACCGCCCUGCUGAAGAACAUCAAAUAGUGGGAGGUGGAGGGGGAGUUGGGGGC